AGAGUCCAGUCAGAUUUCGUUCGGAAGCACGUCAUCAUCAGCACGUAUAUAUAUUUCAAGUGUUGUGUACUAAAAGCUUUUCGUGUAUUAAGAACGAGAAUUUGGCGUUAGCAAUGAAUUCUACGAGAGUUAAGAAGAUGAAAAGUGAGAAGACGCCUAUGAAUGAGGCAGAAAAAGAGGAUAAUCGUCGUCGUCGCAAGAUUUUGGGUCGGCUUUCGCGGGCACCCGGUACAUGUCCAUUGGGUAACUGCGAUCAAGUGCUGUUUCCAUCGGGUCUGCUGGUCCACCUGCUGCACAAGCACACCCCUAAUCCAGAUACCAGCGUGGUUGUCGUCUAUGACGAGCAGCCACUGCGCACAACCUUCGAUCCAGAUAGUUUCCCAUACGACGAACCACAGGCCAUGACUUUACUCCUAUAUGCUGGCACCCAGGGUAAGCCGCACACUCGACCAGCUCGGCGGUACUUGAGUUUUUCCAAUUGCGGUCUUCUAAACGAUCGCCGUCGAUUCGAGCAUUAUUUGCCCUUGGUCCUGAUGAUUUGCAAGACCUCGUUGUUCUCCAUGCUGCCGGACAGGAAAAGCGCCGACAAGCUGGAGGGCAAGUUUGGCGGGCCGGAGAACAUCGUAUAUGUCAUCUGGCUGGUGGCGCCAGUGACCUCAAGUCGAAUGAUUUAUACGCUGACCAUCUUCGAUCGCUACUACAUACAAUCGCGCAGUGUCAUACGGAAAGCAAGGAACUACGUCCUGCCGCAGCAUCCCAAGGACUUUCUCAGUAACGACACAGAUUACCUGAUGCUGCGCCACGAGGAGGCCAUGGAUCUAAUGAGUGCCGAGGAGGACGAAGAGAAUAAGACUCCGUACAUUGAACUAGAACUGCUGUUGCACGAGGAACCCCUGCGGAUUUCGUCAUGCACACCGAGCACCACACAUUUGCUGAGGACUUACAAGGAAAUGAGAAUCAAAAUGCCGCGUAAUAAAUUGCAAUUGCAUAGGGAUUCGCGGGGAAGACUGACUCUCAACCGAAAGCCCCUUUCGAAUCCAAUGAUUUCAAGUGCAGUCGUCAAAUCUUCACUGGCACAUCUCCCAGAAUCGGGUGCUUUCCUGCCCUUUCAACGGCUCACGGAUCGGCAAUGGGAACAGCGCACAAGGCAUUCCGCGAGGGCAAAGGUUACGACUGCAGAAGAAUCAAGCGGCAGCUUAGACUAUCCAGAACACUCCGUUGAUAGUGACGUGAAGGUAGCGCCCAAUGGAGAUCCAUAUCAAGAGAAGCUCGACAAAGCCAAGAGAACCGAAGUAGAAAGGUCCGAUGUCUUGGCUCCAAAAUGUAGUCCCAGAAAACUGCAACGUUGCAAGAAAAAGCCUCAAGGCCGGUACAGGGAUCAACUCAAGGACGAGUUGGUAAAGUACGUGAUUGCGGCCGAGCGGAGAAAGGACAAAGCACAGCAGCUGCUGAAAAGCAUGGAAAGCUAUCUAGAGGCUUGCCAAGAAAGUGAUGAAGAAGGUGAUUCAAGCGAACUCAAACAUUUUCUCAACGAAUUCGCUGUGGAGAGAUCCUUGGGCGGCAAGGACUUUAGCCUGCAGUCAAUCGAUAAAAGAAAAAGAUAUGUCGAUUGCAAGAAAAGGCGUCUCAAGAAAUCCAAAUCCCAGACCCAAAAAGAGCCUUUAGAAUCACGCGAAAAGGCCGGAGGAUCGAGUCAAGAAGCAGCGCGAAAAUGCUUAGAAAAAAUCCAAGAGAGUUCCAUUAGGAAUCCUGAGGAAUCGAUAUUGAAUUUGCGAGAACCAAUCACCAAUGAAGUACUGCAAACGGUUAAGGAAGCCGUGGCUAAUUCGGUCAAGGACGCGGUAAGAAAGGCGGCCGAAGAGACGAUAAUCACUAAACUAGAUGUAGCGUCUGAAUUGGAACUAGAAAAGAACGAACCGGAAGUAGCAACAGAACCAAAAGCAGAACCCACAGAACCAGAGACGCAAACUAAGAGUGUGCCGGAAAUGGAACCGCAAGACGAAGCUAAACCGGAAACGGAAGCUCAAAUUGAAACUGAAGGGCCACCGAAAAACUAUACCAAAAUUCCAGGAGUUACCAUCAACAUUGAAACGGAGUUCACAUCCGAUUGGCAUUUGUAUUCGGAGUGCAAUUAACAUUGAUUUUGUAUCGAAUUUGUCAUUGAAAAAAUCUUAAGUCCCUUUCAACCAUUUCCAUUUUUCUUCGCAAAAAAUUGUAAAAGUUUCAGUACAAUAAUUGACCCGAAUGCAACUAGCAUGCCAAAUAAGAUUUUUA